ACGCACUCCCUUCACUUCGAAGUUUCGUAACACGUAGAUAUUUUUACAUACAGAGAGAGAACGAAGAAGAGACAACGAAGAGAGAAGAGCGAUCGAGCGAGAAUCGAGAGAGAGAGAAAGCCCGCAAGAAUCUAGAGAGAGAGAGAGAGAGACGAGACAAAGAAAUGUCUUCAUUCGAUACAUACAGCAACGACGGUGUUGAAGACCCGAUGGGGACUUCGGCUCAUCCAUUCGCCGACAACGACGGCGGCUACGACACCUACUCCAGCUACGCCUCCGCCGAUCCACCGCCGUACGACGGCGGCGGUGGCGGAUUCACCGCUGACUACGAUGAGGUCACCGUAGAUUACGCUUCUCACUCGGCGAACGGUGCUGAUUCCUUUGGUUUCGGCUCAGAUCCGAGCCACGAGUACGCUCAAUCGUCGCCGUUCGCUUCUUCGAUCCCUGUAUCCAACGGCAAUGGCAAAUCGUACGACAUUGGUGAAGACGCCGACGGAAUUUUCAGUUCCGAUGGGCCGGUGCUUCCGCCUCCUACUGAAAUGCAGCCUGAUGAAGGUUCCGCACUUCGCGAAUGGCGACGUCAAAAUGCAAUUCGGCUUGAGGAGAGGGAAAAGAUGGAGAAGGAGUUGCGGAAUCAGAUUAUCGAGGAAGCUGAAGAGUAUAAACGAGCUUUCUAUGAGAAAAGAAAGCUCAAUAUAGAGACUAGCAAGAUUGACAACAGAGAGAAAGAGAAGUUAUACUUGGCUAAUCAAGAUAAGUUCCACAAAAAUGCUGAUAAACAAUACUGGAAAGCAAUAGCAGAGCUCAUUCCUCAUGAGGUUCCCAAUAUUCAGAAGAGAGGCAAGAAGGAGCAGCAAGAAAAGAAGCCAGGGAUCACAAUCAUCCAGGGCCCCAAGCCCGGGAAACCUACUGAUCUCUCAAGGAUGCGCCACAUAUUGGUGAAGCUGAAGCACACACCCCCACCUCACAUGGUACCACCGCCCCCACCCGCUCCUGCCAAGGAUGCCAAAGAUGGAAAGGAUACCAAGGUCGGAAAAGAUGCCAAAAAUGGAAAAACCGCAGCAUCAAAUCCAGCUGGAGAGUCACCGCCUGUUCAUGUGAAAGAUGUCAACAUUAACAAUUCUCCACCAUCAUCCACGUCUAAACAAGAAGAGUCUGCUGCUGCAACUGACCCCAGGCCUGCUAUCUGACUUAGAUUCGACGGCCUCAUCAAGCAUUGUGCAUUUUCACUCCAAAAUUUUUAUCUGUUUGUUCCAUUUUCACAUUAUUGUUGCCAUUUUGCCGUGUCUGUUACUGUGGAAACCCGUCUUUACUUUUCUUUGAGAUAUGAUGUUGAUUGAGAUUUUAAAAUUCAUUGUCACAUUCUUUAUAAAAUUAUAAUUUGUGAUAACUAGAUUUUUUUUAA